AUGACAAUCCGCAAGUUUCAUUCCACCAAUAAUGCUACAGUCUUCUUUUGGACUUGUGAAUAUUCUGUCGAGAGUCGAGACCUUAAUGGCACCGAAGAACCCCCCCAACGAACAGUGUCUCGCACUGUAAAGAGAUGCCCUCCUCGUAAUUAGAUUAAUUUGCCAUUAAUGUCCAUUUCGGGAGUUAUAACUGAAGCUUGCAGUUCGACUUCAACAAUGGACUCAGACACAAGCAGCUGUACAGAGAGCCAGUCCCAGGCAGAGUCUGAUCAGCAAGUUCUAGCUACACCCAUGAGGCCACCAAUCAACCUGAUAGAGACUGGAGGAAGCCUGAAGGUACAGACGACCACACCUCACCUGGUUGGCCUGGGCAGUGGUCGGCUCAGUGUUGCCAUUACACUUAUGCCCCUAAAUGAAGGUGUGACCCGAAUUGGCCGAGAGGAUGCGUCCGUACCCCAAGACAUCACUAUUGAGGGCCUGGGUAUAGAGGCAGAGCAUUGUCGUAUUAUAAACAGAGGAGGAGUCAUCACCCUUCACCCUUCCGGAAACCUGUGCUCACUUGAUGGAGUCCAUGUCUCAAAGCCAACAUUGCUGACACAAGGAUUCACACUCUGUCUGGGUAAAUCCUACUUCUUCCGCUUUAACCACCCUGAGGAGGCCAGACGUAUGAAGAGCAUGCAGCCCCAGAAGAGUCCUGUCGCCACUAUGGGCUACAGCUCAGACUGUGUAAAGACUGAGCACAGCAAUGGCGGCUCAGUGGGUGGCACCAUGAUGAGAGGCUCCCGAUCGAAGGCGGAGCUGCAGGACCUGAUGGAGACUCUGCAGCGGCGGAAGAGUGCUCUAGAGGCUAGCCUGAGGGCCAGCGCAGAAUCUACCCGUACCUACCUCAGCCUGCCUCCUCCCAGCCCCCUGUCCCCCACGCCCCCCAGGAGUGCCGAGCGCCCCCCCUCCUCCAGAGGCCUCCCCUACAUGACCAGUAGUAGCAUGCCCCCCUCCCCUCGCCAGGGUGAGCGUCCUCUCAGCCCCAAACCGCCAUACACCCGCUCACGCCACCAAUCACAGGACAGCCUGCUCCUCUCUAGCUCCUCUGACAGGCAUUGCCCAAAUGUAGCCAGUUCUCUCCUAUCCAUGUGGAAUGGUUCCUCUUCCUAUGGGGAGCCUGCACACAGUCCUCCUCAGGGCCACAGUGGGGCGGCCAGCAUGCCCUCCAGCCCUCGCCUAGGUCGCAGGUUCUAUGCCCAGGGCCGGAACGGGGACAAUGGUAUGGACUCUGCGCCACGUCAGAGGAAGUACUCUACAGGGUCACUCAACGGCCUGGGCUCUACCCACAGCCGCUCUCUACCCCGCCUCCACCGGUCGGCAGACUCCACAGCCCUGUCCCUGCCCCCACGCCGCUCCAUGGGCUCCCACAGAGGGGAGAAGGGUUCUGUGUCCCUGUCCUCCAAAACGAGGCGCAGCCUGUCUCCUCUGGAGCGGCCGCCAGACGUAACAGUGCUAGCAACAGCCAGCGUACCGGGUACUCCCCGCAGGGCCAGCCUGGCCUCUCUGGCCUCGCUGGGCUGUGAACUGGAGCAUGGGGGCCUGCGGGGCUCCUCACCCUGCCUGGACCUGGGCUUGGGGGAGAGGAGGCAGUCCUUUGGGAAGGGUGGGCUGGGGCUGAGAUCAAGAAGAGGCAGCAUCAGCUCUCUGAAUGGGAAGGAGGAGCUUACAGACUACCACAAGCACCAGAGAGACGAGAGGCUCAGAGAACAGGAGGUGCAGAGACUGGAGCACCAGCGGCUGGAGACCAUCCUGAGCCUGUGUACUGAGCUGGUCCAGGACCAGGGCGGCUCGGCCAUCUCCGACCUGCAGAAGAUCAACAAGGAGCUGGAGAAGCUGCAGGAGUCUGAUGAUGAGUCAGUGUUCUCCGACUCCCCCGGCAGCGUCAUUGGCACCGCCCCGGAGAACGGUUUUGGCACCAAAGCCCGGGAGUACCAGCUGGCUGAGGUGCGGCAGGUCCGCCAGCGCCGCCACAGUGGGCACAGAGAAGCCAGGGAUGCCAGGGCCCAGUCACCUGCUGUCAGCCUGCGCAGCAUUGUCCCCUCACCCUCCCCUCACCUCAGAGCCAGGCAGCAGGCUACGGAGGACGUGCAUCUGAAACAGGAAGUAACACGUAUCGAGGAAGAGAGGAUCCAGGUGCUGAACAACAUAGAGGAGUUGGAGCAGAAGAUCAAAGACCUGGACAACCAGAUGGAGGAAUCCAUCAGAGAGAUGGAGGUGGAGCGGGCUCUGCUGGAGGGAGAGCAGGACUCUGAGAUGGCCCUGCUACAUAGGGAGAAGGAGGUACUGGACCAACUCAAUGAGAAGAUUGGCAGCAUUGACAAGACUGUCCUCACAGACAAGUCCCAGGAUGUUGAGGUGCUGGAGGCGGAGAGGAAGCGUAAUGAGGACCUGGAGUUCCAGCAGCUGGAAAGAGCGAGUGGUCAGGACGAGGGGAAGGAGGGUCAGACCCAGCAACUACUCAGAGAGAUAGCAGAUUACCAGCGUAGUACUGUCACACGCAAGGAGAGACUCCUGACCCUGAAGAAGCAGUCUACACAGAUUACUCAGCAGUCUCAGCGAGAGAAGGACAGCUUCCUAAAAGAGAAGAACAACCUGCUCCUGAUGGUUCAGAGGGAGAGGGAGAACCUGGCUUCUCUGGAGAGGAAGUAUGCUGAACUGACUGGAGGACAGGCCUUCCCAAACAACCCUGUUGCCAUGAAGGAGCACUUCCGCUUUCUAGAGGAGAGGAGGCGGGGCAGUAAGGAGAACUCCUCCCACCUCAAUGACACUCUGCCACGUAAGAGGAGCCAGCAGGCCCUCAGUCACUACAGCAGCUCUACCCUGGGCCGCAGCCUGUCCCCUAAGUCCCACGUGCCUCUUUCCCAGAGCUCCAGCUGUGGUAGUAUCAUCCCCCGGGGCCUCUCUAUCUCUCCCAGAGUUCUGGAAACCCGACGCCUGCUCAAGGCAGGCCAUAGCCACCUGUACAUGAGUGAGAACAGACAGAGACUGGUUGACCUGUGUAGCAGGACCGUGUCUGAGUCCAAUGUCUUCCUGGACCCCUUCCACUACGCAGACGAUGGCCAUGGCUUUGACACACGCAGUAUGGACAGCUCUGACAGCAUGGAGACCAGCAUCUCUGCCUGCUCCCCAGACAACAUCUCCAGUGCCAGCACAUCCAACGUAGGAAAGAUUAAGGAGAUGGAACGUUUGUUACGAGAAGCCCAGGCUGACAAGCAUCGACUCCUUGAGCACAAGGAGCGUGAGAUGGAGGUGCGUAAGCAGGCCCUGGAGGAGGAGCGGAGGAGGAGGGAGGACCUGGAGAAGAGACUGCAGGAGGAGACCAGCAGGAGGCAGAAAAUGAUCGAGAGGGAGGUGAAGUUACGCGAGAAACAGAGGGCACAGGCCCGGCCGCUGACACGCUACCUCCCUCAGAGGAAGGAUGACUUUGACCUCCAUGGUCACAUCGAGGCAGCUGGACACAACCCAGACAACUGCUACCACCUGGCCAUCACAAAUAAAACCUGCAGAGGGUUCCUGGUCAAGAUGGGUGGUAAGAUCAAGACCUGGAAAAAACGCUGGUUUGUCUUCGACCGGAACCGCAAGACCCUGGCCUACUACGCAGACAAACACGAGGUCAAGAUGAAAGGGGUCAUAUACUUCCAAGCUAUAGAAGAGGUUUACUAUGACCAUUUAAAGAAUGCACACAAGAGCCCCAACCCAUGUCUGACGUUUAGUGUGAAGACUCAUGACAGGGUGUACUACAUGGUGUCUCCCUCCCCUGAGGCUAUGCGCAUCUGGAUGGACGUCAUCGUUACAGGGGCGGAGGGAUACAUGCAAUUCAUGGUCUAAACCAGUGGCGGCUGGUGAUUGGCUGAAUGCCCGGGGCGCGAGGUGGUUGGAGUUGUCAACAAAGCAGCAUGACAUAUGAUGCCAAGUUUUCGAGCUACUGGUAGUUUCUUUGAGAAGAUAUAUAAAGCGAUCUGUGCAUUUGAACAACAUCAUAAAUGACCACUGCUGCAUAUGCUGCCACUGUUUUGAACAGAUUAGAUUAUACUAUUUAGAAUGAGAAGCAGGUCACGAACGAACAAGAACGUAACAAGCAUGCAGAUGCAGUAAGUGAAAACACAUUAUCUAACUGGGGUAAUAUAGCUAAUAUACUGUCACAAAGCAUGAUGCGCUAGCCAGUUCAUUCUGAAUAUUUUCCAUAUUUCCCGAGUUGGAUAUUUAGAAAGACUUGAAAUUGGCAUGGGAGCUAACUACCUAACAGGUUACCAGGUAGCUAUAACUAGCUAGCUGCUUGUCAAAGGUAGAUAACUGGUUAAUUUUAUCAAAAAAAUCUACUAAACUAUUUCUCAAUGUUUAUAAAAAUGACUGUAUCUGGCUUAAUGAAUUUGAUCGUGCUGUUUCAGUUCACACUACAUGUCGCCCUCUCACCUACAAGAGAACCAAAUGAGCAACUUGGGGGGGAAACAAUACAAUUGGCCAGCUACCGUCAUGCUUUUUGUCCUACCAGAUCCCCAAUGAGAAAGUUCUAGCUAGUAUAUCCCUCUGUCUUUCGACACUUGUUGGAUGUAGAUGUCAGGUCCCAGGCUCCAAUGACUGUUAUGGUUAUUUAUUUACAAGUUCAUUACAAUUAGAUUGUUGCUUUGGCGCCAUCUGUACCUGAUAGAGCACACAUCUGUACCUGAUAGAGCACACAUCUGUACCUGAUAGAGCACACAUCUGUACCUGAUAGAGCACACAUCUGUACCUGAUCUGGCGCGAGAGAGCACGCAUUUGAGCGCCCCAGGACAGUCCAUUAACUUUGUACUGUUAUAAUUUAUGCUAAGAAAUCCUGCGAUUUCAUUGGGGCAGUUCUCCCUCAUAGCAAAUAGCUGGCAAAACAAUAUAAGCAAUGUUUGCAUGGCAUAUGCAUCCGCGAGGGACAGAGUAGUAAGUAACUGAACAGCUGGAUUUUUUUUUUUAAAUAGGAACAUGUACACAUUUACUGCACUUUUAUGAGCAUUUAAAACAUAAUUCAUGAAUUAUAUAAUAUAUACUGUAUAUAUUUUUUAUACAAAUAUUUUUUGUUGACCAAUCAUAAUUGGGGCACCGCUCCUAACGCCCUAAUGGGCGGGCCGCUACUGGUCUAAGCAACCCCCCAUCCUGACCACAGACUCUCAGAUGACUAACAAACCAUUUGUAAGUCGCUCUGGAUAAGAGCGUCUGCUAAAUGACUUAAAUGUAAAUGUAAAUGUAAACAGGGAAUAGUCCCAUCGGUGCCUAAAAGACAAGUUGACUGGUCAGGUUUGAGAACCUCUGUGACCCUUCUGGUUUUUACCUUUGUAACCACUUUUAUGUCCGUCUUACUUCAGUGAGCCCAGCUCUCUCCUCCUCUUCCGGAUUCUGCUGAUGUAAUGGUCAUCUGAUACUUCUCAGUCUAGCAGGGAAGGACUUCCUCUGGAGGAGUGGGUGCCCAGUGCCGCUUGUUCAUUCGGAAAGGACUUACUCAGACGAUUCUGAUACUUAUCGCUUUAUGUUUGGAGAGGAGCCUUUUGGCACCUUAACAUGGUUUACCCUCAUGAUAUUUCAGGACUGUUAAUGACCCAGAGUCUAUGUCUGAGGUGUAUUAUGUAGUCUGAUAGGCUCACAGUGUACUAGAGAUUACUGCCCAUUCAGGACAAGAUACUACUCUUCCAUUGUGGCGUAGUGAGAUUACACAUUGAAUCCUUUAAAGUAGUAUAUAUUAUUCAGUAGAAUCAUAGGAUUGAGGCUGCCAUUGGAUAUAAUAUUAUAAUAUAUGCCAUUUCACAGACGCUUUUAUCCAAAGCGAUUUACUGUCAUGCAUGCAUGUAUUUUACGUACGGGUAGUCUGGGAAUCAAACCCAUUACCCUGGCGUUGCAAGGCCCAUGCACUACCAAUUGAGCUAACGCCUUUACUUCUCUGGGUUGAGAAGAGGACCAGGGUCUGGUUUCCCAAAAGCAUCUUAAGGCUCAAUGGUUCUAAAGAUGAAUUUAGCCUUAAGAUGCAUUUGGGAAACCGGGACCAGAUUGAUUUAAGGAACACAAGCUGUCCCAUCCUUUUCAUCAUCCAAAUUGAGCUGGCUGUUGAUUGGUCAACCAAAGCUCUCCCUCUGUUUUCCUUCCAGCUGGACAGUCUCUUUUUUUCCCCUCAAACUCUCCCUCUUUCUCCGGGGCCAAACCCUCCGAGACUGUCUAGCAUCUGCACAGACUGAGAGGACAAUAUGUCCCUCCAGUGGAAAACCCAAGGUGAUGCACAUCACCGAUGUGUGUCCUUUGUAUCCUGCUGUUGCUUAGGAACGUGGAGAUAACAGGGGAAACCCUGAAACAUCAGGGACUUGAAGGAUUUGAAAGUACCUCUCUCAGCACUAUGUACCAAAGACAUACCAUGUCUGUAUUUAAUAUGGAAAUCAUGGAAAUGGAACCUUGAGGCUCCACAAAGGGCUACUUACCAGGUGUGGAAGGCAUUGACUGUGUGUGUGUGUGUGUACCUUUCGUGUGUGCCAUACAGCUAAAAUAAGUUAGCAAAAACAUUCCAGGACACUUACAGUACUAGUUCAAAUGAAAUGUUUUAAUGGAGCGUGGCAUUGUAUAUUGUGCCUUCAUGUGAGUUGUGUUUUAUGACAUGUAGAGUAGUAUCAUGUUGCCAGUGGAUGGGUGCAGCUCCCUACCCGAUCAAUGGGCUCAUUCAUUUCUGAAAGAUUGAGAAGCGUUGCGUCGUGCCUAAGAACAGCCCUUAGCCGUGGUAUAUUGGCCAUAUUUCACAAACCCAGAGGAGCUUAUUGCUAUUAUACACUGGUUACAAACGUAAUUAGAGCAGAAAAAUUCAACGUUUUGUCAUACCCGUGGUAUACGGUCUGAUAUACCAUUGCUUUCGGCCAAUCAGAAUUCAGGGCUCAAACCACCCAGUUUAUAAUUUGAGUUAUUACACAGUCGCUAUAAAACCUGUGCAUUACUUGGAUAUUCUUAUUACUUUUUGGGUCACAAAUAAUGGCACAUUAAUUUAUAUUAGUUUAAUUUUCUUUUUGUUUUUUAACAAAUAUAUUCAUAUUUGUCAGUGGUAUGUGCAUGUUGAACAUACAAAUCAGCUAUUUGUGUGAAACCAAAGAGCAAUGCAAUCUGCAGUAUUCUAGGGAGAUUAUAUGAAGUUAUGGAAAAAAGAAAAUGAGAUUCUACUUAUUUGACCCAGGUAUCUUAGCUGAUAUAUUUGUAAUUAUGACAAUGUUCUGAUAAUUGUAAGAUGUAAUGAUACUGAAAUGGCUCCCUCAUUCACCAUGAAGUCACAGGUAGAACGUAGUAGCAAGGUCCCUGACUGUCAACGAGGUGACUGCGGGAGUGUUAUGAAGAGGUGCGUGAUGAAGAGGUGACUGCGGGAGUGCACACGAGACCAAUACACUUCUCUGACAGUGUUGAGGAGGUGACUGACAAGCUCUCUGUGACCAGUUGUCCUUUAAUAAAGGAGGAUCCCCUAUGUGCUCAGUCUGUGUGACUACACAAUACAGGCACACUUUUCAGGUAUUUUCCAUGUAUAAGUUACCAAGGAGACAACUCAACAUAACUGCAACACUUUUUUGAUGCAUUUUAAAUAUAUAUUUUGCAUUUUUAUAUGAACAGUGUUAUUGUUAAUCCUGCAUGUUUUUUUAAACAAAUGUAAGAAUAAAUCAUAUAUGUUUACUAA